AUGCUUUGGAACUGGUCCACCAUCGAUGCCUGCUUCCUAUCCGAAUCGUGGUAUAUCCACAACAACGGCGCCUUCGCCGCCAGCUGCAUCGGCGUGGCCCUGCUGGCCGUCUGCCUCGAGCUGAUCCGCCGCCUGGGGAAAGAAUACGAUGCCCUCCUCCUCCGCCAAUUCCACGCCCGCGCCCUCGAGAUGGCCUCCGCCGGAGCCAAGGGUCGAGACGACCGCCCCAUCUGCUGCGAUAACAUCCGAUCCGGGGACCUCGCCGCCACCCACCCGACCAUCAUCUUCCGCGCCUCCCCGCCGGAACAGCUCAUCCGCGCCGUGCUUCAUCUGGUCUUCUUCGGCCUCGCCUACAUCCUCAUGCUGCUCGCCAUGUACUACAACGGGUACAUCAUCAUCUCCAUCAUCCUCGGCGCCGGCCUCGGCAAGUUCUUCUGCGACUGGCUGGUCUACAGGGUCGACGUUCCCCCUCCUACGCUUGCCAGAGGUGUGGAGGAGCCUGCCGUAUGUUGCGGAUGA